AAAUUUUGUGUACUGAAAAAGGGAAAGUGUAUGAAGAGAAAUAAUAAUUCUUAGAUUCCCAAAAAUUCACAGAUAAAAUGGGAAAUGAAAACAGCCUUCCAUUAGAACUCUGCUCUACCUUCGAUGCAGAUGAGAUUAAAAGAUUAGGAAAACGAUUUCGUAAACUAGAUUUAGAUAAUUCCGGUUCAUUAAGCGUGGAAGAGUUUAUGACAUUACCAGAAUUACAACAGAAUCCACUAGUUCAGAGAGUAAUAGAUAUAUUUGAUACCGAUGGUAACGGAGAGGUUGAUUUUAAAGAAUUUAUAGAGGGUAUCUCUCAGUUUAGUGUAAAGGGUGAUAAAGAAUCGAAAUUACGGUUUGCUUUUAAAAUUUAUGAUAUGGAUAAAGAUGGUUAUAUUUCUAAUGGUGAAUUAUUUCAAGUUUUAAAAAUGAUGGUAGGGAAUAAUUUAAAAGAUACCCAACUACAACAGAUAGUAGAUAAAACUAUCAUUCAUGCUGAUACUGAUGGCGAUGGAAAAAUUUCUUUCGAAGAAUUUUGUUCUGUUGUUGGUACGAUGGACGUUCAUAAGAAAAUGGUUGUCGAUGUCUAGAAAAACCUUGUUUUGUUAUUUCAUAUUGUUUUUUUCUCUUUCCCAUGACAGCUUUCUCUCUCUUUCCAAAAAUUGUCAUCGAGUUUCUAUGACGCCACAUAUGUUUAUCGUAUUGUCUGUUAUUAUUAAUAUUAUGUUGCUAUGGU